UCACAUAGUGACGGCGUUAUAAAGUUUUCAUAAAUAAAGAAGAGGAGCGCAAAUUUUCGAUGAUGACGGUGACAACAGAGAUGACCAUCAUGAUGGUGAUGAUAGAGAUGACGUUGACAGCUUUGAUAGUUCAUUUGUUAUAUUACGAUGAUUUACAUGACGCUUUUGUUGAAUAUUACAUACAUUAUUAUGAUAAAGAAGAUGAUAUAGAUUACUAUGGUGAUGAAGAUGAUAGAGAUUACGAUGGUGAUGAAGAUGAUAGAGAUGAGGAUGAUGAUGCAGAUAAAAGAGAUGAGGAUGGUGAUGAAGAUGCGAGAAAUGAGGAUGAAGGAUGAUAUAGAUGACGAUGGUGAUAUUGUUGAUAGAGAUGAGGAUUGUGAUGAAGAUGAUAGAGAUGAGGCUGAAAAUGAAGAUAAUAGGGAUGAGGAUGAUGAUAAUAGAGAUGACGAUAAUGAUGAAGACGAUAGAGGAGACGAUGGUGAUGAAGACGAGAGAGAAGGCGAUGGUGAUGAAGAUGAUAGAGAUGACGAGGAUGAUGAAGAUGAUAGAGAUGGCGAUAGUGAUGAAGAUGAUAGAGAUGACGAUAAUGGUGAAGAUGAUAGAGAUGACGAUGGUGAUGAAGACGAGAGAGAAGGCGAUUGUGAUGUAGAUGGUAGAGAUGACGAUGGUGGUGAAGAUAUUAGAGAUGACGAUAAUGUUGACGAUGAUUGAGAUUGCGAUAAUGAUGAUUAAGAUGAUAACGAUGAUGAUAAUGAUGAAUAUGACAGAGAAUUCGAUGGUGAUAAUAAUGAUAAAAGUAACGAGUGUGAUGACGAUAAUAGAGAUAACGAUGGUGAAAAAUAUGAUGGAUAUUACGAUGUUGAUUAAGAUGAUAGAGAUGAGGAUGACGAUGAUAUAGAUGUAGAUGAUUUUGAAGAUAAUUGAGGUGAGAAUGAUGUAGUAGAAAAUAGUGAUGACAAUUGUGAUGAAGAUGAUAGAAUUACAAUGUUGAUCACAAUGAUAGAGAUGGUGAUGAAGAUGAUAGAGAUGAGGAUGGUGUUAACGAGGACUGAACUUGAGAUGAAAAUAAUAAUUUUAACGAAUUCUAUGACACGAUUGAAAAUGAUGACAUUGACGACAAAAUAACUAGUGAUAGCUAUCUUUAAUUUUGCAUAGGACACCAUUAACAUAUUUACAUAUUUUUUAUAUUUACAUAUUUUUUUAUUUUUGUUAUUUCACUUUCUUCCUUGUGUAUUUGUUUUCUGAAAUGACAUUAAAGAAACAUAUAUGUA